AUGGCUUCAUCACAGGGUGAACCAUUCAUGUUUUCAAAAAUUAAAGAAAAUAUCGAAAAACUACAAAAAAAAUGCUAUUCCUAUACGCAUUUGAUCAUAACUUUGUCGCUCACCAUUCUCCUGUUCUUUGUCAUCCUUUUGUGUGGGCUACUAUACCGAUACAGAUGGAAACUUCGUUAUUUUUACUAUAUGACUAAAAGCCGUUUCCAUGGAUAUAAAGCUGUAAGAAGUGAUAGCCAAUCAGAUUUUAAAUAUGAUGCCUUUGUGUCCUAUGCCGAUGACGAUUUUCCGUUUGUUCAGAAAAUGAUGUCGGAAUUAGAAGAAAACAAUGGAAUACGUUUAUGUAUUCACCAUCGAGAUUUUGUUCCAGGAUAUGAUAUAUGCGAAAAUAUUAUCACUGCCAUCAAUAAAAGUAAAAAGACUAUCGCUAUAUUAUCUCCCAACUUCAUCAAGUCCACUUGGUGUAUGUAUGAGCUACACAUUGCAAAGAUGGAAGACAUCUAUUCUCGAGAAAAUGAAGGCGUUCUCCUUUUGGUAUUUUAUGAUGCUGUUCCUGUAGAUAAAAUACCCUUGAGUAUCAUGGACCUUAUUAAUCAAAGGUCGUACAUUGAGUUCCCUAACGAUGAACACGGGGAUUCAGUUUUCUGGAGCAGAGUUUGUAAAAGUAUCAAUGAUGAAUUUUCAUGCUAAGUAGAAAGAUAUUUCACAGCUAAAACUAGAAUGAAUGUUUUUUGAAAGUUGCAUUAAACAGAUUAGACAGUAGAGGUUAAAAGUACUUAUUCUGAACUUGAUAGAUUCUUUUCUGCAAGAUGUGUUAGCGGAAACAUGAGUUUACAUUAAUCAGUUCUAUUUGUAUCUAAUGUCGACACAUUUUAGUUUCAAUUUUCAUGAAUUUAUGGCGUUACUGUGUAUUAUGUAUUGUAGGGUGGACGCUAAAUAUAUUUGUAUAAAAUGUAUACUAGUAGUUUUAUAAUCGUAAAUUUUGUGCUAAUUGAAGGUGUUCAAAUUUUAUUUCUUUUACACAUUUUAUGUAACUUGCUUUAUACUCGACACAAAUGUACAUACAGGAGAUU